UAAAACCAAAAAUAGAUGCCCUUGGUACCUCUUGCAAGCCCUGAUUUGGCUUUGUUUCCUUGCAGGAGGAACUGCCGGGGGAACCCCAACUGCUUGGUGGGCAUCGGGGAGCAGGCCUGGCUGGGAGAGAUCGACGAGGACGCCUUCCACAACAUCGAGGACCCAAAUGCCGAGAGACGGAAAAAGAAUGCCUUUGUGGGCCUCACCAACCUGGGCGCCACCUGCUACGUCAAUACCUUCCUCCAGAUGUGGUUCCUGAACCUGGAGCUGCGGCAGGCACUCUACCUUUGCCCCAGCCCCCGCCCCAGCGGACCCACAGCCGCAGAGGGGCCCUCCGUCGGCACAGAUUACGAGCCGCAGAGCAUCUGUGAGCACCUGCAGUACUUGUUUGCCUUGCUGCAGAGCAGUCGGCGGCGGUACAUCGACCCCUCGGGCUUCGUGAAAGCCCUGGGCUUGGACACAGGUCAGCAGCAGGACGCGCAGGAGUUUUCCAAGCUGUUCAUGUCGCUCUUAGAAGACACGCUUUCCUCCCAAAAGAACCCAGAAGUUCGGGACAUUGUCCAGAAGCAGUUUUGCGGAGAAUACGCCUACGUCACUGUUUGCAACCAGUGCGGCCGGGAGUCCAAGCUGAUCUCGAAAUUUUACGAGCUUGAAUUGAACAUCCAGGGCCACAAACAACUCUCGGACUGCAUCACCGAGUUCCUAAAGUUCUCGGCCUCUUCUUCCUCCUCAGGCGACUCUUACGACUUUGUGUCCCUGGAGUGGCUGCAGCAGUGGCUGGACGAGGCGGCCGCCCCGAAGCCCGUCGACAACCAGCCCUGCUUGUGUCCCCACGGGAAGCUGCACCCGGACAAGGUCCCCGCCGUCAAGAGGGUUUCCGCCACUGUGGCUGACUACUUCUACCAGCGCUACGGGGGCGGGCCUCGGCUGACUGAGAAGGCCCUCUGCCGGGAGUGUGUGGUGGAGCGUUGCCGGAUCCUGCGGCUGAAGAACCAGCUCAACGAGGACCACAAGGCUGUCUCCAAUCUGCUCAAAGCCAAUCCCAAGGAGGACGAGGGCUUCUGGGUGGGAAAGCCUUCCCUGCGGAGCUGGCGGCAACUGGCCCUGGAGCAGAUGGAGGCCCCGCAGGAAAGCCAGGCCCGCAGCAACGGCAAGGUGAACGGAGAAGCCGAGGGCAAAGAUGAAGGCGACGUGGAGAAGCGGGAGGAAGAGGGGCUGCGGUUCAACGAGGACAUCGUCUGCCCUCACGGCAACCUCUGCACCUCGGAAGGCGAGCGGAGGGUCGUCUCGCGGGAAGCCUGGGAGACGCUGCAGCGCUAUUUCCCAAGCGCCCCGGAGUUCCCCAGCAGCAGGGAGCCCUGCUCCCAGUGCAAGCUCCUGGAGCGGGAAGGGGCGGAGAACGAGGCGCUGCACAAGAUGAUGGCGGGCGAGCAGAAGGCCUGCCUCUCCAACCUCUUCCAGGACAAGAACCGGCCCGUCCUCAGCACCUGGCCCCAGGAAGGAGGAGAGCUCUACGUCGUCCCGAGGCUCUUCGUCGAGGAAUGGAGGAAGUUCGUCAGGCGCCCCACCCGCUGCCGCCCGGUCUCUUCGGUGGGGAACCGGGAGCUGCUCUGUCCGCACGGGGGGCUCAUGUUCACCUUCGCCUCCAUGGCCAGGGAGGACUCUAAGCUUGUAGCUCUGCUCUGGCCCUCCGAAUGGGAGCGGAUCCGGACCCUCUUUGUGGUGGACCAGGCCAUCCGGGUGCUGCGACGGCGGCCGGCUCCCCAGGAGGAGGGGGAGGGGGACGCGGCCCAGGGGGCAGAAGGGUCCCCCUCGUCUCCGCUCUUCAUCACCGAACCCGAGCUGUGCCUGGACUGCCGGGAGGGGCUCCUGUGCCAGCAGCAGCGGGACCUGCGGGAAUACGCCCAGGCCACCAUCUACGUCCGCAAGGUCGUCGACAGCAAGAAGGUGAUGAAGGAGGCGGCGCCAGAGCUGGCGGUGAGCAGUUCGGAAGCCGAGGAAGAGAAGGAAGAGGAAGAGGAAGAAGAGGAGGAGCUCCGGGCCGAAGCGGGGCGGGACCCUGACUUCAGCCAGGCCAACAGUAGCAGUAGCAACACCGCCAAUGCGGCCAAGCGGCCGAAGCUGACCCCCACGGCCCCGGCUUUGGCCCCGGCCUUCCCGAAGCAGCAGGGCGUCCGGCGAAGUGCCCGUCACCGCAAGGUCCGCGGGGAGAAGGCCCUCCUGGUCUCUGCAAACCAGACCCUCAAGGACCUCAAGAUCCAGAUCAUGCACGCCUUCUCCGUGGCCCCGUUUGACCAGAACCUGUCCAUCGAUGGCAAAGUCCUCACCGACGACUCGGCCUCCUUGGGCAGCCUUGGGGUCACCCCAGAGUCCGUGGUCUUGUUGAAGGCUGAUGAGCCCAUUGUGGAUUACGCUGCGAUCGAUGACGUUAUGCAAGUCUGUAUGCCUGAAGAAGGAUUCAAAGGGACCGGUCUCCUCGGACACUAAUGUAUUUUGGGGGGGAAACAACACUGUUGUCGAAGCGUCAAAGAUGAAUCGGGGAAACGGGUCGGCCAUUUCGGGGCAAGCGGACUUUUCCAGAAGGACUUGGGUUUUCCGAGAUAACGGCGCCGGAGUCGGUCAAAACGCAGGAGAUCGAUCCUUAGAAGGAGGGAUGGAGAAGGGUGUUGUUGUGCCUUGUCCCGGUCCUUCCUCGUCUCUUCCGACACUUCGAACGGCUCGUUUCUCGUCUCGUUUCUCGUCUUCCUCCUCUUCCCGUAAAAAAAAAACGGGGGAAACGGAGGAGGAAGAAAAUGGCACUUGUGAAAGGUGUGGGCUUUUCAUGGGUGGAUAGUUGAGGACUUUGGGGUUUGAGGGCUAUUUGGGAACACGGUUCCCGGACGCGGGGAUCAAUAUGGCGGGCCUCCCAUAGGGUUAGGGAGCGGUCUCCCGGAAGACAGGCCCGGAGCCUUUCUCUGACGCUCUCGAAGUCGGGGCCUUUUUUCACCUCACUUCGUCUCUGCGUUUGUCCUCAAUUUUCAGCGUGCGAUUCACACCCCGAUGUGUAUAUGUAAAUAUGUCGAUAUAUAUAUUUAAGGGAAGCGGGCGGGACUUCCAACUCCGCGCUUUUCCUCUGCCGUUACAUCCCCAAACGUUGUGGGACUCGUUUUCAGAAAUCUUCAUUAAAGUGUGUCAAUCUCA